CUGGUGUAAGUUUCCCCUCUCGCUUUUGAACUAGAGGACAGGGUUGCCCGAGUGUUGCUUUUCUUUUUAGCCAGAUCUAAGAAUGAGUAAGCCGAUGUCAUCAAUCACGGAUACAGCAGACGGUGGGAGGCCAUGAUGUGCAGAUAUUCUUAAACGUGAUGGAUGAAUGCAAAAGAAAAGAGGUGAUUCUCCAACGAACAGCACAGUGACUGAAUAAACAGUAGUAUUUAUUUUGGAUGAUACAUGUAAAGUAUCUUUUCUUUUGAACAAACUUGAAAGAUCUUAGGCAUGUAUUCCUCUCAUUCACAUAAUUCGAGACAAAGUCACUGUCAUCCACUCUUUUCCUAAGCAUCAGACCAAAUCAGUUGUUUCUGCGUAUCAGAAUAUUAUGCAGUGGAGGAAUUUUUAAGCCAUUUUGUGUUAAGCAUUCUAAACAUUUUAAGCUGUUUCUGAUCCAGCAUAGCUAUAUUUAUUUGUACAUACCUUGAAUGCUGGUUCUGGUGUGUGAUGAAAAUAGCUUUUAAAGACAGCGAGAACAAUGGGAAAUGAUUUCACACAAAAAAAAAUGUUUUGGUCAAUUUAUAUCAAUACUGUUUAUUGCAGUUGGCUUGGCCUUUUGAAAUUUGAGAUGACGAAAAUAGGGAAUAAAUUAAUCAUCCAAAUGUGCACAUGCACAGAAAAGGAUUGAUUAAUGUGUUUAAUGCCACAGACACAGAAAGACAUGAGUUGCAAUCUACCAAACGUUUGUAAAAAAGUUAUGAUUUUUCUUUAAGAAAUACAAUGUCAUCAGCAUAAUCACUUCUUAUGCCCUCAAGUAACACUUUUAGUUCAAGUCAGAGUUUUGUUAGCAUUGCAUUUUCUUACAUUAUCUAAACGUGUUAUUUGGGAAUAUUUUAUCUUAACGUUUGAUUCGAAAGUUGACGAAUUCCGCUAAAAGUCGCAUUUUAAAAGGGUAAACGUAUUUUUAAACGAAAGCCAUUUUUGUAUUCAAACGAUGGUCCAGUGAAUGUUAAUUAUUUUGAAAUUCUGAAACAUUGUUCAAAAUUUGACGCGAUAAGUAAAAAUGGCAAAAGCAAAUGUGUUUUAGUCUAUCAUAAAGUGACGAUCGCUAUAUGGGGAAAUCAAGUGAUAAUUAUUUGUGUUUGUUCUGUAAUGAAUGAACGAAUAAAUUAAUGGUUAUUUUUCAGAAGUUAUCAAGGCUAACUGGAGUUUUGUCUUAUCAGUGCACAUUUUGUUUAUUGUUCUUACUAUCGCUUUUAAAAUCAAUUUAAAGCCUUAUACAUCCCAUUACGCAUUAAGCAUUUAUCUAUUUCCUGAAAAGAAAAUAGUCUUUUAUUGCGUUUCUUCUCAUAUGUUACUUUCUCUAUAUCUUUAUUUGACCGAUUUAAUAUCAUUAAUAUAAUAAUUACUCGAGGAUAAUUGUGUGUUUUUAUUUGUUUAUUGGGUGUCCAUCAAAUUGUGCAACUUGAAUCAAAAUAAUCGGACUGUAGGAUAAAAUAAGUGUGGUGUCUCAGGAAAAGGGUUGUUUGUUAGUCCAUCCGUGGUAGGAUUUUCCAAAUGAGUCACAGUGAAGACCUACAUGAAAAACUUGUCUGGGAAAAGUGGACCCAGUUUUCCUCAAUCUGCGUGUGCCAGCAGUGAGGUGAUGAACAGCGAUGAUUAUUUUUCCUAUCUGUGUCUUAAAUACGAUUCGAAGGGAAAUUGUGAAAAGUCAUUAAAAAAACUGGGAAUGGAAAUAAUAUAAGUGAAAAAUAAUCUUAAAUGAAUUGUUAUCACAGCAGUUAUUAAGUAAUAUCCGACAUAUUAUAGCCUACCUGUAUAUAUAAUAGUUUGCAUGUUCAGUCUACCAUAAUGAUGCAUGGCAAGUUUAGAAUAUGUUUGCGUUGUUGCUGUCAUAAAUUAGCCGUUAGACUAUUUUCCAAACGCCUGGAUUAUGUUAUUACUAUUUUAGCCUAACUGUUAUUAUUUACAGUUUUAAAGGAUCAACUGAUAAAGCAUGACUAUUAUCUGAGAGUGUUUCCACUGGAAUUGACACUAUUAAACUGCUUUGCAGGUUAACACCUCUAAAAGGUUGACUGCUCUUGUGACUUAAGUCCGGCGUAAUGAGGACUUUCCUAGGUUAACGAUGGGUGUUUUGGGGCCAGUUCAAGGCUUAAACGGACAAAACCAACAAUAUUUACGAUGGUUUUAAUAAUGGAUCACAUCGACUGCUCUUGCUUUCUCCGCCUGGUCUUCAUUAGUAUUAAAGAUUACAUUCCAGUAAAUUUUCUAUUACAAAUCAAUAGAACCUUUUCAUAUUUGAAAAUAAUGAACUAGGUUUAUUACGACACAAUAGUGCACAGGCAUGAAAACUAAUUAGUUCAACGACUGUUGCGUUUGAUGUGGAACAACAUUGUUCUUACGAAAAUAAACCAUGUUUUUUUUGUGGUGCAAAGUGGUGUAAACAUGUUUUUUUGUAUUGAUUAGUACCUUUGUACUGUUUUACUGCAGUAGCCAUGGUCUAAAUCCAUGUUUUAACUAUUUUUUUGGUUUUAACUGUAAUUGUUAAUUUUCGUGGGUGGUUAAAGGUUAUGCUUGGCAGCGUUUUGUUUCCCCAUUAAUCUUGGUGCAUUGUCGUGGAUGACAAUAUGAUUUUAAAUGAAAUCUAAACGAAUGUCGUGUUUAACAUUCUAUUAACGAAUAUGUUAAACACAUUAAUUGUAUUUCUACACUCUAAUUCCCAUAGUUCAUUUGUCGGGUUGGUCCGUAUUUGAGCCAACCAUGGACAUUCCCAUAGUUUUUAGAGUGUAGAAUGUACAAUUUUACAGUGUACUCUAUUCAAGUCUGAUCUUGAUAUGCGUAACGAAGGAACAUUUUCCAUUACAGUUUCAACGUCAUCUGAAAGCGGAUCCAUAUAAAACCUUCAUGCAGGUUGAAACAGACAAUUAACCAGACAUUUUUCCAAAAUUAUUAGAGAAAUAGCUCCCUCUGCUGUUUACAUUUUGCUAGUACAUAAAAGAGAGAACAUGCAGAGAAUGGGCACCGAGCACUAUACCACAACGUAGAAAAAAAAGCUUGUGGGUGGAUGGUUUCAUAAAGAACUUUUAACAUCCACUGAACGUUUUCACAAAAGAUAGUGGAAAUUGGUUCUUUACACUAUAAAAGGUUAAAAAGAUAUGGUUCUUUUAAUAACCAUUGACGGUUCUUUGGAAAAUUAAAAUGGUUCUGCUAUGGCAUCAUUGUGGAAAACUAUUUGUUGCAUCUUUAUUGCUGCGACUGUAUAUGCUGAAAGAAAUUGAUGAAAACAAUAUACAAAGCGUUAUUUUAGUCAUUCUAAUCAACCUUUGAGCUUUAUGAGCAUUUUCUAUGACUCAUAUUAGAUUAAAUUGGUAAAGAUUAUAUUAGUAAAAAGCUUAAAUUGGUAAAGAUUGGGAAGAGUUGAGUUUCACGUCAUGGACUUAGUAGUAAAUAUAAUUGACUAAAUUAAUGUUUUUGCGAUCUUUACAGUAGGCUGCUAUAGGCUACUAGCCUAUUGUGUGUGACUUACGUUUUAUUUAGUCAACACAGUUUUAGUUAAACUGAGUCGACGCUGUUUCAUUCUGUGUUGAACUUUAAAACCAAAAGGUUUGACACAACAUGCACAUAAGGGAUUCAUCCUGCAGAGGGAGCCAGUAAAAACAAAAUUGGGCUGUGGGCUUUUUCUCUCUUUCUGGCUUCUUGGUCUUCAUGAGAUACAUCUCAGUUGGCCAAUCAAUCAAGUUAACAUACUGAUGAAGAACUGCAUAAAAGUACCAGACAUGUUCAAGAGUUCCCUUUUAAAUCAAUAUGAGGAAGAAAUGUGACAUCGUCUGUGAAAAUGGCGGUGCAAUGAUUGUUGGACCCCAGGGGCAUUUUCCUCAGAUAUUGGAAAGGCUUAAUAUGGGGCGUGAAAGGUUAUCCACGAAUUUCUGGUAUAUUUUAAUUUUUAAAGUAAAAGAAAAAUUAUGGUGAAAGAGUUGGCCCUCGUUAACACAUUGAGAACUGACAGUAGCCUACAUGGACAAUUUUCCCUGAAAUGCUGCAUAAAACAGUGUUGUGAACGGCAUUGUCAGGAAACUAAGAUCCCUAUUAUGAUUAAAAUAAAAAUCAUAUCAGCUCAGCGGUUGCGUGUCAUCUCUAGCAUAAAUUGCCAUCCCAUUUUCCCAAAAUCUAAUUUUUACUAAAUGUCCAAAGAUAAUUAAAUGGAGUUAUAAAGUCAGUUCCUCGGGUUCACAAUACCAAAACAACCACAGACUACAGAACACUGUAAAAACAAUCCCGUAAAGUUGGCAGACAAUUACCAGUACAUUUUAUUUCAUUUUAAGGACAUUUCCGUUCAUGCUAAAAUGUAAUUUAAUUCAGUGAAAAAUGUAAAAUGCAGGUAAAACGGAAAAUUUCUUCAUAAUACAGUAUAUUGUGCCCUAUUUUUACGGAUUUUUUAGUGUGUAGUUAAUUUAAUUUAAUAAUUAAGUUUAAUUUUAGGUUUGUUUUGAUAUUUUGCUAAUAUAAUGACAUUUAUACUUUUAAGCAGGCUAUAUGUCCUUUUAAGGGAAUGUAACAGAAAGCUUGAGUUGUUACGGAGAUAUUUCAGUUAGUAAGCUGCAUUUUUACGAAUCCAAAAAUGCAUGUUACAAUGCUGCAGAAACUUGCAAUAGAGGAGAAAGAUAAACUGGAACUUGUUUUGCAAAAAAAGUGAACUACAUUUUUUGUACUAACCACCAAGUUCCUAGCCUACUUCUUUAUUUAUCUAUACAUUCUUAUUCAGUUGAUCUAAGUAAAAGUAAAUAAAAUGUAAAUCACUUUUAUUUAUUCAUAUUCAUAUAAAUAGUUAAAAAAUAACAUUUUCCUGCAGGUAAUUUGGACUGCCGUCUAUAUGCACGAAACGUAGGCCUAUCAAAAUUUGUAUUUCAAAUAUACUUGAUGCUUUCAAGAAACGAGCAGCAACUCUUACCAAACAUUUAAUCAAACCAUGUACAUGUUUGUGUUUCGUGUAAAACACUGUUGUAAUUAUAGCCCUACAGUGAAAGUGUGUGGUACAGGUGAUGGAAUGCUUUACAAAUAUUUGUAUAGCCUUUUUGUAUGCUGUAGCCUACACAUACAUGCAUGCAGCCUACCUACUAUUUGUUACAUUUCAAGCUAAGUGAAUUACAUGAAAUGUUCAUUUUUAAACGGAAUAUUUAUAUCAAAAAUGACGAGAGAAAACAACUGUAAGUAACAACUGUAUGAGUAUAAUGUUGUUUUUUCUUUAUAUUAUUUUCCGGUCGCCGUAUAGCCUUUCUCCUUGGGUUUAAGAAAUCAAACAACAAGGGUAAAUAUUUGACACUGAAGAGCUCUUGGGUGUUUGAGAGUGCACACUUUUCCUGAAGCAUACUUCUAUCCGUGGGAGUCUAAUAGAUUAAGGAGAUACGAGAGGUCAUUAGAAACUAAACUGUGUGCCUACACGGGGCUUUAUUUAUUCUCUGAGAGUGCGUGCUUAAAUUCAAAGAGCUUGGCAAACAUUUAACUCGCUUUAUACAGGUUAACAGCAAUAUUUGGAUACAAUUAGUAAAAUGUUGAUUCUCGCUAACAAUUUAGGAUUUACUCAACUAAAUAUGAUAAUUGACUUACAUAAUCAGACACAUUUAUGACUUUGAAUUUUCGUUUUGACCUUAUGGAUCAUACACAAAUAAGCAAUGACUGAGUUAAAGAAAGGUAAUGCAAUCUUAAUUUGUCUGUUUAAGGCUUUUAUUAAACAGAAACCAUUAGGAGGCAAUUUGGAACGAAAAGAAGCUUUUAAAUACCGGUUAAAAACAUAACCGAUAAUUUAGUAUUGGCGUAGGCAGCAAAUAGACUUGGAGCGGUAGAUAGUUGUCCAGAUCCCGUUCGGCCCUAUUCAAAACCAUGACAACAAGAAACAAGCAGGGAUUUAUUCGACAAAGUUAAAGGACAUUGUGCAGGGGCGUCAAUCAAGCAUUAUUUCGGGACUGAACAAAUGCAAAAUCUUGACUGGAACAAAUGCUUCCAACGGGUCUCGGACGCGGGGCUACAUUUCCCUCUUUUGUUCCCGGUCGCUGGUUGGCAUGUAUUUGUGUUCCUUUUUUCGCCCGACCACCCAGGACGACUAGACGAGAACGGAUACCCACUCUGUUUGGGAGGUUCUAUGCAGUCAUCCAGAGCGCGCACUGAGACGAGGCAGUCUCAUCAUCGUAGAUGCCUGGUGCACUUUGCUGGUGAGGUGCAUGCAGGACUCGAGUAUGCAGCAGCCCAUAAUGAAAUAUUCAUCUCUGCACCUAUAUAUACCCAAUGAAAAUACUUAGGGUUGCGUGUUUUUUACCAAGGGAUGGGCUAUCUUGUGUAAAACCAUAAUGUAAUAUUUUACCGAAAUAUGCAUAUUGGGUUAAAACGGCCAAUUCUGGGUUGGAAUUUAAGUUGCAAAUCAAGACUAUCAAACAGCAGCGCAUCUUUCCCAUUACAGUUUUCUUCUUUAUUGAGUCAAUCUACAUAGCCUGUAUUUCAAUUAAUUAUUGUCAUAAAUUCCGCCCAUUGCUGGACUGACAUUGUACACAUUUAGCCUGUGUUGGUGUAAAACACCUGCAAUAAACAACAAAUACGCCAAUAAACGUAUUAGGAAAACCAACUAUGGGACACUAAUGGAUCACUUUGUAUGCAAAUAUCCGAUAUAUUAUUUGAGCGGGGGAAAGAAGGGGGGGUUCUUGUUGUUACUUGCCACCCAAGACGUGAUUCAGCCUCAACAAUUACCAUUAUCUGUUUCCCACUUUUCACGAAUUCAGACGAAUCAGUAAUGAUGAAGAGUGUUACCCACAAUCAUUGUAAAAGUAACGGCCUAUUCUUUGACGAGUUCACACCUACCAUUACAGGGAUUUAAGUACUCGACUCAUUGAGGUACUUAGCACCCAUAAGGAGGAGAGGCCUCAAAGCAGCGACCAAGUGCUGUUUAUAUAAACACCACGGCAUCAGUGUAUACAUUGUCACUUGGAGUCGCGUCUUCAAAACGGACGCAUCACUUCAGCACUGCGCAACCGGUGAUAGCUCUACAACACUGAGGAUCAGUCCUGGAAUUACCAGAAAACAAGCGUACAAAUGGCUAUGUCUAACAAGUUCAGUUUCACCGUGAGAAGUAUUUUGGAUUUGCCAGAAAACGACACUGAUCGCAUGGCACCCCAUUCUCCAGUUGGUUCGUUCUCCGCAUCACCUUACUCGUCCUGGACUGAGAAUGACAGAGGUCAUUGCAUCUCGUCAGACGAGAGCAACCCCGAGGCUUCACCAGACUCCACAGGGCCUGAUGAGCUCUCCUUAGAUGCAGAGGAACACGAAAAGAGGAAGAAGCGUCGUGUUUUAUUCUCCAAGGCUCAAACUUAUGAGUUGGAAAGGCGCUUCCGUCAGCAACGUUACCUGUCCGCUCCAGAACGAGAGCAACUGGCUCACCUGUUACGACUCACGCCCACGCAGGUGAAGAUCUGGUUCCAAAACCACAGAUAUAAAAUGAAGAGAGCGCGGAUGGAGUGCGCUCAUGACCUCAAUCAACCUCCAGUGCUGCGCAGGGUCGUGGUGCCAAUUUUGGUCCGAGAUGGCAAACCGUAUCCGAACUGCAAUAUCGAGACAGAAAAAGGAAGCUGCGUCGUUCCGCAAAUGGUUCCAUCUUCACCCUUCAGCGUCCCAAGUUUUCAGUCGUUACAGCAACAAACACCAUUUGCGCUUUUCCCCACAUACCAGCACUUCACCAACACACCGGCCUCCCGUCACCACUUCUGUGUUUGGUGAGACUUUGUCAGCACACGAACUAUUUCUUGGACGUACAGUAUAUGGAUUGAUCAUGAUUUAAGUUGUUUUUAUUUGGGUUAGGUCAAUAAGAAUAAACAUUGAGCGUUAAAUGCUGUUUGCACAUAUUGUAUGGUGUAUUUACUUAUAUUGUUGUUAUCAGAUGCGUUUUGCAAGGUGUUUGUGUAUUACUGCACAGUAAAAUCGCCAGUGUUAAAAAAGGUCAAAUUAACACGCACAGUGUAUAUACUGUAUAAUUCACACUCUCAAAGUGUGGAUUAUAUAAACACUGGCAGUGUUGAAUUGACAUUUUUUAACACUGGCGAUUUUGCUGUGUGUGUAUAGAUAGUGCUUUUUUGAACUAUUUGUAUUGUUUUAAACCAAAAGUUUAUAUAUUAAGAAAAACUUUUAUCUUUUAUACGGAUAGAGCUAUCAGAGAAUAGCUUGUGUCAUGUUUGGUGAAAUUACAUCACAUUAAAGUGUUAGAACCCCAAAAGUCUUCGUUCUUUAUUCUAUGUAAAGUUUUUAACCAU